UACCUGUUCUUUCCACGACCCAAUCCCGUUUACUGAUAGGGGAAGGGGGUUUAGGGACGAGUUGAACCUUGACAUGUAUCCUUAUUUCUCUACCUGUUCUUUUCACGACCCGAUCCCGUUUACUGAUAGGGGAAGGGGGUUUAGGGACGAGUUAAACCUUGACAUGUAUCCUUAUUUCUCUACCUGUUCUUUCCACGACCCGAUCCCGUUUUUGUUCCCCGCUCAACUGGUACAGGAAAUAUUUCUGGUGGUUUUCUUCAGUUGUGAGUACGUGGUUCGGCUCUGGUCAGCAGGCUGCAGGCAGCAAUACCAAGGACUCAGAGGGCGUCUCAGGUUCGCAAGGAAACCAAUUCUUAUUAUAGAUCUUAUUGUAGUCAUAUCUUCUACUGCCGUAAUGUGCUUUGGAUCAGAAGGUCAAGUAUUUGCUGCAUCAGCAAUCAGGGGUGUGCGUUUUCUUCAAAUUCUUCGUAUGUUGCACAUAGACAGACAAGGAGGAACAUGGAGACUUCUUGGUUCAGUAGUAUUUAUUCAUCGGCAGGAGCUGAUAACCACAUUAUACAUUGGCUUCCUGGGGCUCAUAUUUACCUCUUAUUUUGUAUAUCUUGCUGAGAAGGAUCAUAUAGAUGCUAAGGGCAUUUGUCAAUUUGAGACUUAUGCUGAUGCUCUAUGGUGGGGUGUGGUAACUGUGACAACCAUUGGCUAUGGAGACAAAGUGCCCAAUACCUGGUUGGGCAAGAUGAUAGCUUCCUGUUUCUCAAUAUUUGCAAUAUCUUUCUUCGCUUUACCGGCGGGUAUUCUAGGUUCAGGGUUUGCUUUGAAGGUACAACACAAGCAGAGGCAAAAACAUUUCAGUCGUCAAAUUCCUGCAGCUGCUACCCUUAUUCAGUGUGCCUGGAGAUUAUAUGCCUCAAAUCAAGAGGGUUUCAAAUCAGAAGCAACAUGGAAAAUCCACUUAGCGCCCUCUACGCCCAACCUGCAACAAUCCGUGCCUAACCAACUAUCAGGGGUGGUGAACUCAGUCAAACCUCACCUCGCAUUGAAGCGACGUAAGAGCUCCAAGCUGAGCCUGAAGGAGGCCCUCCUACCAACGACGCUCCUGGAGCUGUGUGAGCAACCAGCAGCCAAUCAAAAUGCAGCUAAUUCAAAUACCUCACCACCAGCGGAUAAGAUAUCUCCGUUGAUGGGCGGGGUUGCUUGUAACUUGGCUGGGUCAGUGGCAGUGGCCGCAGCAGGAGCCGGUGGUGAUAUGGUGUGCUAUAUGGAAGAACCCACAGCAGGAAACCCUAACAGAAAGAGAGCAGUGGAGCUAUCGGUAUCAGACAGCUCACAGAGAACAAUGAGAAUGGGAGAUAUUGUUUGCCUUGAUCCUCAUGAUGAAAGUGAUACUUACAGCCUUCCCUAUGUGCCUGAAACAAUAACCACACUCACAGAUGCCCAUAAAAAUGCAAUUCGUGCAAUAAGAAAAAUUAGGUAUUAUGUUGCAAGAAGAAAAUUCCAGCAAGCAAGGAAACCAUAUGAUGUUCGUGAUGUAAUAGAGCAGUACUCAGCGGGCCAUUUAAACAUGAUGGUCCGUAUUAAAGAGCUUCAAAGAAGAAUUGAUACUACGCUAGGAAAACCUGCAUCUAUGCAUUUAGGAGACAGGAAGCGGCAAACGGUUGUUGCUAGAGUCGCAGUCGUUGAACAAAAUAUGCAAUUGAUGGACCGUAAGCUCGACAAGUGCAUGCUACUUCUAAAUAUUCUGGUGGACCGAACCACACCCCAACCCGUGAGGAGACCAAAGCCUUCCAGCAAAACCACAUCCUCAUCCUCCUCAUCGGAAGAUGAUGAAGAGGAAGAUAGCUCUAGACAGGCUGCCAGUGGAAGUACUAGCUGAUACGUAAAGGAAAACGCCUUUAGGAUCACAAGCAGUGUCAAACAUUCCCAGAAUAGAAUGUAUUGUAGCCAGCCAGCCAGGUGAAGAUCAGCUAGGCAACCUGACCAGGAGCAGAUAUUAGUUUAAAUCCAUAUUAGGCUACCGGGGGAGAUCAGUGAUAGGGCUAUGCUUCGUAUGUUGCCAGUGGAAAGGUGGGAACAAAUAUAAAGAGCUGUGCCCCAUGAGAUGCCAGCAGAAGUUCUUAUAUGAAGAUAAUCAUGCCUUAAGCUCAUCAUUCAGAAAGAGCAGAGACUUGUAGAAAGCUUCUUACUAUGGGCUCUGAGGGGAUCAUAAGAUAGGUAGCCAUUCACAUCAUCUUGUGCCACUAGUGAAAACACAGAUAUGCAGAGAAUCAUGGUAUGUGCAUGGGC